AAUAGCUAUAGUAUUUAUUCACAUCGCAUUCGCAUCGCUUGCAGUUCGCAUCGUCAGACUUAUUGUACACAACAACCCAAAUCAAAAUGAGUUCCGCUGAGUACUACCCGUUCAAGUGCACACCCACCGUCUACCCGGCGGAUCCCUUCGAUCCCGUCGAGGAUGCGGCUAUUCUGCGCAAGGCGAUGAAGGGCUUCGGCACCGACGAGAAGGCCAUCAUCGAGAUCCUGGCCAGGCGUGGCAUCGUCCAGCGUUUGGAGAUCGCGGAGGCGUUCAAGACCUCGUACGGCAAGGACCUGAUCUCGGACCUCAAGUCCGAGCUGGGCGGCAAGUUCGAGGAUGUUAUCCUGGCUCUGAUGACGCCGCUGCCCCAGUUCUAUGCCCAGGAGCUGCACGACGCCAUCUCGGGACUGGGAACCGACGAGGAGGCCAUCAUCGAGAUCCUCUGCACGCUGUCCAACUACGGCAUCAAGACCAUUGCCCAGUUCUACGAGCAGAGCUUCGGCAAGCCCCUGGAGUCCGACCUGAAGGGCGACACCAGUGGCCACUUCAAGCGGCUGUGCGUCUCCCUCGUCCAGGGUAACCGGGAUGAGAACCAAGGCGUGGACGAGGCAGCGGCCAUCGCCGAUGCCCAGGCUCUGCACGACGCCGGCGAGGGACAGUGGGGCACAGAUGAGUCCACCUUCAACUCGAUCCUGAUUACCCGCUCCUACCAGCAGCUGCGCCAGAUCUUCCUGGAAUACGAGAACCUGUCGGGCAACGACAUCGAGAAGGCCAUCAAGCGGGAGUUCAGCGGCUCCGUGGAGAAGGGUUUCCUGGCCAUCGUCAAGUGCUGCAAGUCCAAGAUCGACUACUUUUCGGAGCGUCUGCACGACUCCAUGGCCGGCAUGGGCACCAAGGACAAGACGCUGAUCCGCAUCAUCGUCAGCCGGUCGGAGAUCGAUCUGGGUGACAUCAAGGAGGCAUUCCAGAACAAGUACGGCAAGAGCUUGGAGUCCUGGAUUAAGGAGGAUGCCGAGACCGAUAUUGGAUACGUCCUGGUCACUCUUACGGCUUGGUAGACGGAUGCAGCCGGAAUGUCCGGAAUAUUUAUGAGCAAUACUCCGCUGUUCAAGUAGAAAAUGCCAAAAAUAAGCAAACCCGUUGCAUUUCCCCAAAAAAUUAUAUCAAAAGCGAGAAACAAAUGGAAUUGCCUGCAUACAUAUGUGGUGAUAUGUGGUGUUCUGACAUCCAAUCUACGAAACGCUUAGUAUUUCCCUCUGUGCAAUAACGUCUAACGUUCAACGAUUAUUUAACACUUUUACGUACUUUUAUUUUGUAUACAUGUCCUUUUAUUGUAAAUUGUUGCGCAUCGAAGUCGCAUAGUUUGUAUGCAUAGUUUGUGCUUGUAUUAACUAAUAAAGUUGGCUUACACUCAACGGCAAAGCUGGGUCACAUUCACCAUACACUGAUCUCCUUUCCAGGACGACCUCUCCGGAGACUACAGCUACGUUUUGCAGUGCCUGGCCUCCUACUAAGGAUUUGCUCGUGGACGAGGCACUUCACAUCGAUUGUUAACCAUUCUAUUUGUUGUAAAUCUUAUUUUAAGGCAAGCCUCGAUUGCCAACUGUUCUGUGGAAGAUUCAUAGCCUAUGUUCACUUCAUAAAUGCACUGUAAAAUCGUGGUAAAGA